CAUGAAUCAUGAUAUAAAGAGGUUCUGCACAGUGCAUCGCCAUACAUCACCCUCUGCAUCACUGCAAUCAACAUGAAACCAUGCAUCACCCUUGGUGUUUUGUGCGCGCUCUUCUCUGAAGUGGCUGCACUCACUUGUUACCAGUGUGUUCCUGAUACCUCCCAGACCUGCACAAAUACUCAAACCUGUAGUGCAGGAUCAUGUGCCAGCACGACUGUGAAUGCAUAUGCAGGUGGUACAAGACAAGAAAUCAAUUUGUGGAGCUGUGCAUCUCUGGUUCAGUGCAUCUCUGGGUCAGUUAACUUCGGAAUUGCAAGGUCAACAAUAAGCACUAAAUGCUGUAAAACAGACCUCUGCAACUCUCAGAAGACUCCAGAGGUAAAUACAAAUACUCCCAACGGGAAGCAGUGUUUCACCUGUGAAGGAGAUGACUGCACAAAACAGCUGUCCUGUGUUGGAAAUGAGGACCGUUGUAUUAAAACAACAACUACAAUGAGCGGGCAGACAGUCACUAUGAAAGGAUGUGCCUCCAGCAGUAUCUGUGCAGGAGACCUGUCAGCUGAUCUAGGAUCUGUGGCUGUUGGGCUGAACUGCUGUGAGGGGAACCUGUGCAACAGCGCCAAGAGUGUGGGGCAGAGUGUCCUGCUGCUGCUGGGGUCUCUCGUCUCUGUGCUGCUCUUCCACUGAAUGGUGCGCUACUCGGAUCACAGCUCACAGGCCCUUUGUGAAUGUGUGCUCAUUGCACGCAGGCUUGGAUGAUUGGUUGAAAUGUUUCAAAAUAAACUUUUUUUUUCCAUUACAUUACAAAACUUUUUUUUCACAUUACAUACCUUGUUAAAUUUUAAAAUGAUUAUAAUGUGGAAAGUGUUUGAGAUUGUGAUGGAAAAAUAAAUGGCCAACAUUUCAA